CUGACAAAUGCCAAAACCAAUACAAUGGCCAUCACUACAACUUACUCUCAGUAUGAUACAUUCUCAACUACAUUGUAUGCAUCGCCAGAUGUAGAAGUCCAUCCGGAUGAAUGGUGCUGGAUGGAUGUUGCGCAGAACCACCUCAUGCAAGAUCAGCAUCUUUUUCCCACGUCCAUUGACUGCCGUAAUCCGAAGAAAAGCAUCGCAAGUUUCAUAAACCGCCGCUGGAAACCCGUUACAGCAAUACAACCACAGCACGUUGCCCUGACCGAGACAGACUCUGCUCUUGAUGGCAUUCUCAGCGCCCUUUUGGAUCGGGAUGAUGGCAUCUUGAUGCUUCUGCACGAGUUCCAGCCACUCAGUCUACCAACAUCAGCAUCGAUUAUCCCCGUUGAAGUCGACGGGAUUGACCCCCUCAGUCUGGCCGCGGUGGCUUCAUAUCGCCGCGAUUUGGCCAUAUUCGAACACUGCACGGGUCGGAAAGCCCGGGCGAUUGUAAUUCGCAAUCCCCACCCGUUACUUGGACGGUGCUAUCCCAUCUCAGCUAUCAUCGAGCUCAUGAAGUUGUGUCGGGAAUAUGACCUCCAUCUGGUCAGUGAUGAACGGCACUGGCAUUCCGUAUGGAAGAACACAAUCGACGAUACUGCUUCGGUGCCAUUUAUAUCCAUCCUAUCUGUCAACACGGAGGGCAUUGUGGAUGCCAAUUACAUCCACGCUGUUUGGGGGUUUUCGCCCGGCGAUCAUCUGGACGAUGGAGUGGAAGCAAUCAUUUCCCAGUCUACGCGCAGAAUUCAUACGACAACAGGACAUGGCUCUUACUCACCAAUAGCCAAUCUCCUCGAAGACUACACAUCGAUAGACAGAUAUCUACAACUAAAAGCCUCACGAACGACAUCAGCAUUUGAAUACGUCACUCUUUUCCUCCGCCAUCAUAGAAUCCCAUACGAAGACGGAUGCAACGCGGGUGUCUUUCUUUGGCUCGAUCUCAAGACGCGAUUUCUACAACUCCAUCCGGAAAGGCAAGAAGAAGGGGACUUACAUGGAGUAAUUAAGGACGGGCUAAUACGGCAUAGAGUGAAACUAGCUGACGGGGCACCGCCAGGCUGGUUUGGACUUGUGUUCACACAUCCAGAUGCGUACCUGACUGAAGCUUUGUCGAGGAUAGUUGCUGCGGUGACGGGGUGUUAGUCGAUAUUCACGUACAUAGCUAUAUAAUGUCUAAUCUAAUUAGAUAUGGAUGGUAGUCAAUGAUUCCAAAGCAAAGUCACCAUUCAUAUUUCCAUAUUUAC